AUGGCGCACCUCCAACUACUAGAUGCCUUGAAGGCACAUGGCCUAGAUCUUUUGUAUAAGCAGGUUUUCUCCAAGGCUUUAUCUUUGAAAGUUGCACCUGGAAUUGUGGUUGACCUCAUGUGGGCAAUGGGAAUUCUGUUACAUCUUGAAGAACCACUGUCCAUCCGAGAGCUCGCUCUCCUGAUGGAUGUGCCAACUCAAAACCUUGUCAGGUCUUUCCUUGGGAUUCAAUCUAUUCUCCUUAUUCCUGAAGCCAACAAUAAUCCGGUGCACCUAGUUCAUACAUUGCUCCGAGAUUUUCCCUAUUUGUCACGCUUCCAUCACGAUAUGUUGCCUGAAUAUGAUGCAAAGAAACAAGGGCCUCUUUUGGUUUACAAAGGGGCUCUUGCAGUAUGCAUUUACAAAUUGCUUCCGUCAUCUCCAAUGAGCUCUUAA